GCGUCUUUGUGUGGUCGCGUGUGGCUGUUCCCGUCACCAGGCUCACCCCGGCUCCUCUUCCUCACCAUCUCUCUCGCCUCCUCCAGCAUACACCAGCAAGAUACCACAGUACCCAGCAAGAUAAAGGAUCAGUAGAAGUGUUGGCGCGGCGGUCGUGGCGUUGCAAGCAGUGAUUGAUGUCUGCGACACCUACUGGUGCCCUCGGGUCUGACUCUGUCCCCGUGUCUCCCCCUCUUCCCCCUGCCACAACUGGUCCCCAAACCCCAACAUCCUCCCCAGUUGUCUCUACUGGCUCGACCCCUGUCACGCAGAGUUCCAGUGGCACUACACGACACUCUAACUCGGCACGCUCUUCAGUUGCGAGUGAAGGACGUUCAUCCAAUCCCAAGAUGUCAAAGGCACUCAGCACAAGCGCUAAAAGGCCUUUUUUGGUUUCUAGGAUACAGAAGGAGUUGGCAGAGAUCACGUUGGACCCUCCACCCAAUUGUAGUGCUGGACCCAAAGGUGACAACUUGUAUGAGUGGGUUUCGACCAUUCUUGGGCCCCCUGGCUCCGUCUACGAAGGUGGCGUCUUUUUCCUCGACAUCCACUUUUCAGCAGAAUAUCCCUUUAAACCACCUAAGGUUUUGUUUCGGACCCGAAUUUAUCACUGCAACAUAAACUCUCAAGGGGUCAUCUGUCUGGAUAUCCUAAAGGAUAACUGGUCACCUGCACUCACUAUUUCGAAAGUCCUCCUCUCCAUUUGUUCCUUACUCACUGACUGCAACCCAGCCGAUCCACUGGUGGGGAGCAUUGCCACGCAGUUCCUCCAGAAUAGGGAAGAACAUGACAGAAUUGCUCGGCUCUGGACCAAACGUUACGCUACGUGAUCACUUGUACCUAGUGUCAACAGGGUAUUAAGCAUCUCUUGCACCAUGCCAUUUUGUGUUUUAAGCCAGCAAAAUAAAAUAAAAUUAAAAUCACUUGUUUAUGUAGGCAUACAUUCUUUAUUAUUCACAAAUUAGCUGGAAAUAGAAAGCUUCUAAAUUUGUUUGUGGCAUGGUGGAAUAGAUUGUUGUCAUCGCUCAUUACCUCAUUUUCCAAUAUUUCCAUGCUUUAUCAAGCUCACUUUUUUUGUGCAUCAGUAUGGUAUUGAUGGAACUGAAUCUAUUCAGUGAGUUAGACUUUGUUUUAAUUUUCUAGUUCAGUUCCUCAUGACAGUAUUUUGAUGACUCCACUUAUCAUCCAUGUACAAUUUGGCACAACUUAAAUUAGCAGCAGUGCACUGUCUCCAUCUGAACUUGCCACCUAGCUGCCUCUCCUAGAUAGCUUCCAGUCUGUCUAUAGUAACAGUGCCACUAGUCUACUAGCUGUGUUGCCACUAGUCUAUUUGCAGUGUUACCCACUCAGUGUUUCAGCCUUGUGAGAGUAUUCUCUGCUCCCGAAGUACUGUAGGGGAGUUUGUGCUCUUCCUCAGAUGUUCGCAGAGAAAGCAUUGCCACAACAGUCUUUAGGGAGAAGUGCUGUGUUCAGCGAUAAAGUUUGUGCUGAUCCCACAGUGUAAAUUGAGCAAGCGUUAUCCCCGCAAAACUGUGAUGGAGCCUGUUUUCCCCACACUUGUGAGGACUAAAGUGCUCCUCCCACAGUGUUGUAAGGAUCAGGUAUUUUUACAAGAGUUGAGAGAUUGCAUACGCUUUAUACAGUGCUGUGUGGGAGUAAGUGCUUGCCCCCACAGCAUCGUGAGAUGAGCUGCCUGCUAUCCCCACAAAGCUGUGUUAGCAAAUAUUAUUCCCCAAAAUUUGCAAAACAGGUACUGUUCCUUAGCAUUGAGGUGGGAUUACAGUUUUUAUAAGGCUAUUGAUGAUGUAACUAUAUAUAUAUAUAUAUAUCUACAGUAUAUAUAUAUACUCUUGUAUGUAUAAUUAGAUUUAUUUUUUUGUGGGAAGGAUACCCAUUGAUUUAAAUUGACAGGAAUGUUUUGUGCAAUGUGGUGCACCAGAGGCAUUAUUUUGAUUUAAAAAUUGUGUUCAUUAAAAUUUUUCAGGUUUAGUCAGCCUGGGUAAUAAUUUGGAAUGUAACUAGAUCUAAGUGUAGAUAUAAGUUCCAAAUUUAGGAAUGAUAUAUUAAAAAAAAGAUUUCCAUCUCUGGGUUUGUUGUUUCCAUGUAGACUGUGUGUGUGUGUGUGUGUGUGUGUUUGAAGCUGCCUCAUGUAUGGUAACAUCAUUGAAUCUUCUUGGGCUAUGAGUUAGCUGUGAAUGUGAGUGAAGUGAGAGAUGGAGAUAUUAAGGAUUUCUUCACUUUCGUGUAUUUUGUUUUGAGUUGCUCAGUGAUGUAGCUUGGCCAGAUGAGUUAAGCUUUUACUGUUGCUUUGUGAACUGGAGAACAAUAAUCAGAAUGUCCCCUUUUGUCAUGCAACAAUACCUCAUUAUUUUGCCAUUAUGUGUGUUCUGUGUAGACAUGUAGCAUAUAAUAUUAUUAAAAAAAGUGCACAGUGGCUGAUAAAGUGUAAGGGUAAGCAUCCAGUCGUACUGGAUGUGGUGGUGAACAUUUUUUCCUCGUAAAAAAGAACAUUUAUCAUUGAUAUAUCUUCCCUUGUGACUUUCUCUGGUUCUCACAGGGAAGGUGCAUUAAAUGUUGAGAAAUGGACUCUUGAACAUUACUUGUUACAUAUAACGGUGCUGGAGGUGUCUUAAAGGAGAUGGGAGUGUAUCGUAUGUAGCAGACAUGCUUGCAACAGUUGUGUGCAUAUUUCUGUGUCUGUUGUCGAAUGCAAAAUGAAGUCAGUGCUGAAAUAUAAUUUUUCUGGUAUGAUUAAGGUACUUUUAAGGUUGGGGAGCCUUGUGUAGCAUCCCCUGGCACAGUGUUGAGCAUACUGGAGCAUGCAACUGCUGCAAAUGUUGUCUUGACAACUGUAUACUUUGUCAUUAGCAAGAUCUUGAUAAAUUUUAAAUUUCAUUUUGCGAGGACCAAUUUUUAUUUUUUUCUUAAUUCAUAGUCCUCUAGAGUUUUAGUUGUCAGUUUCAAUGUGAUUCUAUGAAUGAGAACUACACCAAAAAUGUGUUGAGAAUGGAAUAAUAAAUGUUUAAAGAAAGCUUGCUGUACUCCAUAUCUACUCUUGAAGAAUUUUUGUUUGUAUUUCGGAGAGACCAAUACACACGUGUAUGUGUUGUCUUGUGCCCUGUUGCAGAGCAUGGUACUGUUGAGCAUGCCUGUGUGGUCAUCCUGGGAAGUUAGAAUUGUUUUCCAAGUAUGACUGUCAUGUAUAUACAGUAUACUUUUUAGGUAGAUCAUAACAGCAGCUACGGUCAAGAGUGCUUUAGCUGUAUAAGCAGGACAGUAUUUGUAACAAAAAUUUAGUAAAUAAUUUUAAAUAUUGUUGACUUUGCAAGCUAUGAAUAAUUCACUCAUGCUAUUGAAUACUGCACCGAAUUUACUCUCAUCCUGGAUUCAAUCAUCACCUGAUGGGCAUUUUUAUUUCAUAUAUCAGCCUUUUUGCAUACUUUAAAAGGGCAUGUGGCUCCCCACCCCAAGAAAUUAGGUAAAGGGGCAAUGAUGGUGAUUAUGUUGGUUUUUGUAUAGAAAGUACAUCCUUAAUUGUAUUUUUUUUUUUAUCACAUAAACAGGAGAGAUGUGUGUUAAUUCAUGUAAUUAACACAGUUAAUAUGGUUUUAAAUCAAGGAUCACAACAUUCCUCUAGUUAUGAUUAAGACUGCUGUAUAUUAGGUAAUACUUCUGGCUUUAAUUCACCAACUUUAUCUCUGGAAAGGAUUACUGGAGGAAGAGCUGCAGAUUGCUCUGUGUAUUGGUCUACACUUAGUUCCAAAUAAAACAUGUAAAGAUAA